AUGGCUCAAGAUCAAGAGCAUGAGUUUACAACAUCAAAGAACCAAGUAAAAGAGGAAGAAGAAGAAAAGAGAAGCUCUAGCAUGAGCAACCAAGUAAUAGAAGAAGAAGAAGAAGAAGAAGAAGAAGAAGAAGAAGAAGACGAGAAAAGCUUUGCCAUGAACAACAGGGAUCAUGACAAGAGCAACAAUGGAGGACAUGAGAAAACUGAAAAGGUGGCACUUCUCAAGUUAUUUUGUUUUGCAGAUAAGGCUGAUGUUAUGUUGAUACUAGUCGGUACAAUUGGUGCCAUGGCGAAUGGAUCAUGUAUGCCUAUUAUAACCAUGCUAGUCAGGGAGAUGAGUGAUUGUUUUGGAACUAAUCAAAACAAUACACACAUAAUACUCAGUGUUGUUUCCAAGGUUGGGAAGUUUGUCCAGCUACUUUCAACAUUCAUUGGAGGGCUUAUAAUAGCAUUCAUCAAAGUACCGCUUCUUACCAUUGUCAUGCUAUCCUGUGUUCCUCUGCUUGUGGCAGCUGGUGGAUCUAUAUCCUUCAUUAUAACCAAGGCAGAAUUCCGUGGACAACAUGCUUGUGCAAAAGCAGCAAAUGUUGUUGAAUAG